ACAAAUCCACGCGGUCUUCGUGUUUGUUAUUGUUUAAAAAUGUCUUCUCCUAAGUCACUUGAGUUGCGUCAAAGUAGCAACUUUUAUAUGGAUAUUCGAUUGGAUUUCGGAGAAGAAUAUGGAAAUUCUGCUGUUGAAAUGGACGAAAAGCUAUUUCGAUAUGCAAUAUCGUUAGCUUUAAAAAUAUUAUAUGGAGAUAUGGGUUAUAUAAUACCAGUUGAUGUUCUUAAAUACAGGGAAGAAGAUCGAAGAGCAUUAAUUCGAUUACCAGCUAGAGAAUUGGUAAAAGUUUGGAGUGCCUUGUCAUUGUUUUCUAAAUAUGAUGAUCUGGAUUGCAUGUUUAGAAUAUACAAGGUUACUCCAGUACUUGCUUGCUUAAAUCUCAACAGCAGAUUAUAUGAACAUUUAACUGUUGAAGGAUGUAGAGAAAAGUGAAUGUUUUUUUAUUUUUAUAUGUACAUAGGACAAAUAAAUAUUUUCA